AACAACAACAACAACCCGCACAACGGCACGAUUCUCCUCCUCCGUCCGCGUAGCUCUCGGUUUCGGCGAUGUCGGGGCGCGGCAAGGGCGGCAAGGGGCUGGGCAAGGGCGGCGCCAAGCGCCACCGCAAGGUGCUGCGCGACAACAUCCAGGGCAUCACGAAGCCGGCGAUCCGUAGGCUGGCCAGGAGGGGCGGCGUCAAGCGCAUUUCUGGGCUCAUCUACGAGGAGACCCGCGGCGUGCUCAAGAUCUUCCUCGAGAACGUCAUCCGCGACGCCGUCACCUACACCGAGCACGCUCGCCGCAAGACCGUCACCGCCAUGGAUGUCGUCUACGCGCUCAAGCGCCAGGGCCGCACGCUCUACGGCUUCGGCGGCUAGGCCGCCUCCCCUUCUGAUGCUUUGAUAUGACGGCCGUGGUCGGUUGUGUGUCUAGUUGGCCGGUCUACUGUAGUUUGUUCUGUAUCUUCGUUUCGAGGUGUUCCAGUUUCUAGCCCAUUUGGUGUAAUAUUUUCACAGCUAUUAUCAAUGGAAAGCCCUCGGUUCUAUCCUCAUUGUUCUGGAUCAAGAUAAUCCGUUUGAUAU